AGUCGAUCCACCCAGUCACCGCCUGUGAAAUCCUUAAUUAAUCAUCAAUGUGUCUCAUUUAAACAAUGAUAUCAGAAGCAUCGAGCAAACGGAGUAAUCUAACGAACAGUGAGAAUCAAAUCGACAAUAAAUCGAGUGUGUUUGAAUAAAAGUGUAUCGAGGAUAGAAAUAGAUCAUUGUCAAGGACCAAGGAUAUCGUACACAUAUUUAUUCGGAUUUUACAGGAUUCUGAUUGAUGGAAGAUACUGGAGGAAUCUAAUUCAAGGUCUUCGAAAUCAGGGAUUAAUUUUCGUUGAUACGUGGGCCGAUUUGGGGUUAAUUAGUCAGGAUGAUAUCAGGAUCAAGGAUUGCUUGUGUGGUGCUGGUUGGACUGUUAGCCGGUGAGCUGGUGUCCUGUCAGAAGAAUGAUCCUGUAUUGAACGAACCUGAUUUCGAAACUCCCGAAUACAUAUUACCCUGCAAUAGGUCGGAUCCAAAGGUAGAAUCAUGCUUCCAGAAGACUUUGAAUCACCUGCAACCAUACUUGCUGAAAGGUAUUCCUGAGUUGGACCUACCCCCGAUCGAACCCUUAAUCAUCCCCGAGCUUGGAAUGGAAAAUGGGCAAGGAGCUGUUCGCGUCAGAGCUUUGUUUUCCAAUAUCACGGUCAUAGGGGCAGGAAAUUAUUCAAUUAUCAAGACGAGGGUAGAUAUUCCGUCGUAUAGGAUUGACCUUCACCUAGGGUUCCCGAAAAUCGAGCUUCAGGGUCGUUACGAGGUGGUAGGGAACGUAUUACUUUUCCCCAUUCAAAGCCAUGGCGAUUUUUGGGCACUUUUUGGUGAUGUACUCGCUAUUGCAAGAAUUCAAGGAGCAGAAGAAAUAAGAGACGGUGUUCGUUACUUGAAAGUGGCAAAGAUGCUGGUCGAUUUUAGUCUUGGACGUGCAAGAUUCCGUGUCGUCGACGAAUUAAACGGGGAAAAUGUGAUAGGUCAAGCGAUGAAUCAAUUUCUAAAUCAAAAUGCUAAAGAGAUCAUCGAAGAGAUGAGACCGGCUGCCAGUGCGAGCAUUGCGAAACACUUCAAAGAUUUCCUUGGAAAGGCUUUGAUCAAGAUACCAUUGAAAGUUUGGCUCCAUGACACGUAGCUUAUUUUGACUGCUUCUCUAAAUAGACGAUAUUUUCGAGAAAUAGCAUUGUUUUGUAAUUAAGACGUGUUUUCAUCAGGCUGACAAUGAGUGAUCGAAAUCGAAGAAUGUUGCGAAAUGGUUUAAGAACUGUGAUGAUUUUAACACCUCGACGACAGUUUAUUGAGAUUAUUAAUUACUGUGGAUAUUGUCUGUAUUAAAGACUCUUCAACCCUUUUGUUAUUAUUGUUGAAAAUUUCAUUGUAACAUGUUGCAAAUAAAAUUCAAUCGUAACGAAA